GGUACUUACAAGUUACAUUGACUUUUAUUGCCAUUCUGAUUGUUCUGAUUUUCGAACAAUAUUAAUUGAUAACAUAUUUUUGGAAGUAUUCUUGUAUUCUACAUUGUAUCGUGUAGUGAAACUUACUUCUUAUAACGUGUAUCUCAAUGGAAUUAAGAUUUAAUCAAUAAUUCAAAUACUAACUACAAAUUCACUGUAGAUAAAUAUAAUUUUGGCUUUAUUGUUAAAUUUUACGUCUCUAAAGUGUAAACAUCAAGAUGGCUACUCAUGAUCCAAAUAUGAUAGCAUCUACAGUACCAACCAUAGCCCCUACGGCACCAGAUGAUCUUCCACCUCCAUAUUCAGCGGUAGUGGGUAAUCCGCCCUAUGGAUUUGUGGUUCCGCAGGCAGGCGGCUAUCCUACGGGCUCUCAAGUACCGAAGUCAUUCACUGCGCCUGGUGUAUACCCUCAUCCUCCUGUUGUGAAUAUAACCCAGCCUCAAUCAGGGGACAUACCACCGCCACCAGGUAUGUCAGUGCCAGUAGGGGUGGUGAUCCCUGCGGCAGUCGGUUCUGAACCCACUACAGUAACCUGUUACAAUUGUGGAAAGGUUGUUACUACUAGAGUAACAUACACCACGGCCUGGCACACACAUUUAGUAGCUGGAUCUGUAUGCAUUAUAACUAUGGCUUGCUCUCUGUGUUGUCUGGGUCUUGUUCCAUAUUGCUUUGAUACAUUCAAGGAUGCCGAACAUUACUGCCCAAACUGCAGUACUUUUAUCGGCAAGAGUAACAAAUGUUAAAAGAAUGAAGAAAAGUUGGAUUAUGAAAGUUUAUUUAAAGAUUAAUCUUAAAAUUGUGACAUACUUAGUCUGAAAGUGCAAAUUUCUAAGGUGCCAUUUGCAAACAUUGAAGUUUAAGUGAAUAAUCUGCUAUUGUAUUUUUAUUGUUUAUAGGACACAAUAUAAUAUAUAAGUUUAAUGAAAUUUAGUAUACAUAUUUACAACCAUAGAACUUGUACAAAAAAUGAUUUAAGCUUAGGCUUCUUUUGCUUUAUUCACUUUUUUAUGAAAUAAAUAACCUAAAGUGUGCUUAUUGGUUCAUAUAUCAUUGUAAUCAUUUAAUAAUAAUCAGUGCCCUUUUUAAUGUUAUAAAAAGUGAAAAUCACCCAAUUUAUGAUUCUGUAUCUAUAUUCCAUAAUCACUUCAAUCUCAAAUUGCAUUUCAUCUAAGUAUAUGAUUAAAAAUAUCUAAAAUAUUAUGGUGAUUGGAUAAACUGUGAUAUAUAAUAAAAUUCAACAAUACUUAUGUCAGAUUUUGAUAUUGUGCUAAAUACAAAAAAUGUUAGCAUGUCAAUAAACAUAUAAUAAAAAUUGUAUUUUCUUUACAUAAUGAAUUAUUAUUGUAUGUUUUCUGUCUUUUUUUACCACAUAAUUUUACUUCCAAGUGUUUAUACUUUAUUUAUUAUCUAUUAGUCUUAUGAUUUGUUCUUUAUUGAUAGUUUUGUUCCAGAAUUGUAAAAAGAUUUUUAUGUCUUGCAAAUAAAUUGUAAAUGCUA